CUCCCUUCCUCCUCCUCUCCUGCUCGCCUCGUCUCACGUGAAUCAUGGCCGAUGGCGACGCCCACCACACACCCCCCCACCCCCCCCACCCCGACCCCUCCGACCCCUAAAAGACGGAUAUUUUUUUUUUCUGCGAACAAUAGCGCAAUUAAUGAGCCAAGAUUCGACUUUUGACGUUCGACUCUGCGGAUGGCGAUGAAGGACACGGCCGAGAGCUGCAGCAGUCGCGCCGGGGUGGAUUCGUCACGGACCCACCCCCGCCGCCAGCAGCAGCAGCAGCAGCAGCGCCACAAGUUGGAGGCGUACGCCGAGGUCCUUCGCCGCCUGAGGAAGGCCGGGCGGCCGGAGGUGCUGUCCCCGUCCUUCGAGGACGGGUUGCUCAACCACUUCAAUCGUCUUCCGGAACGUUAUGCCUUGGAUGUAAACGUGGAGAGGGCAGAAGAUGUGCUGACACAUAAAAAGUUGCUGGAACUGGCUCAAGAACCUGCCAACAGGCCUGUCUUUGCUGUGCGCUUGGUGCAGGUCCCUCCAUUUCCUGAAGGAAAGCAAGUUGAUUCUUCUGAUUCUGAUGCACCAAGAACAGGACAUGCUCAGUCUGAUUCAACUUGCUUUAGUGUUCAUCCUCCUCCUCUCUUUGGUUCAUCGCCCAAUCUCGAGGCUCUUGCUUCUGAAGGCAGCAGGCAACAGGUUCAAGAUGGAGCUAGUGUUGCAAAAGCUAUACAGCAUCUCAGGCCCAUGCAUGAAAUCACCUUUUCCACACAUGACAAGCCAAAGCUUCUAAGUUUGCUGACCUUUUUGCUCGCGGAGCUUGGCCUAAACAUUCACGAGGCACAUGCAUUUUCAACAAGUGAUGGUUAUUCGUUGGAUGUGUUUGUUGUUGAUGGUUGGCCUGAUGAGGAAACCAAGCAGCUUAGGGAUUCAUUGCAGAAGGAAAUUCACAAGAUGGGGCUUCCUUUGCAGAGACAAGCUUGGUCAAAGUCUCAUCCAUGGUCUCCUCUAAAUGAGAAUGCACAGUGUGGAUUCGACUCUCUGCCUAACCAUGUACAAAUACCAACAGAUGGGACUGAAGUAUGGGAGAUUGAUUUUCAACAGCUCAACUUUGGAAAUAAAGUAGCAUCUGGAUCACAUGGUGAUCUUUAUCAUGGAACAUACAAUAGCCAGGACAUAGCAAUUAAAGUACUAAAGCCCGAGAGUGUAAAUGUAGACAUGCAGCAAGAAUUUGCACAGGAAGUCUUCAUCAUGCGGAACAUACACCACAGGAAUGUGGUGCAGUUUAUUGGUGCUUGUACUAGGCCUAACUUCUGUAUUGUUACAGAAUUUAUGUCAGGGGGAAGUGUGUAUGACUUUCUUCAUAAACAGAAAGGAGUCUUUGAGCUUCCAGCUUUGCUCCAAGUAGCAAUUGAUGUAUCUAGGGGAAUGAACUACUUGCACCAAAAUAAUAUUGUCCAUCGGGAUCUAAAGACUGCCAAUCUUCUGAUGGAUGAGAAUGAGGUUGUUAAGGUUGCAGAUUUUGGUGUUGCACGUGUUAAAGCUGAGUCUGGAGUUAUGACUGCUGAAACAGGAACAUACCGCUGGAUGGCUCCUGAGGUCAUAGAACACAAGCCCUAUGAUCACAAAGCUGAUGUUUUUAGCUUCGGAAUUGUACUGUGGGAGCUUCUUACAGCUAAGCUCCCAUAUGAAAACUUGACUCCACUCCAAGCAGCAGUUGGCGUGGUUCAAAAGGGCUUGAGACCUACCAUCCCAAAGAAUGCUCACCCAAAGCUUGCGGAGCUGAUGGAGAACUGUUGGCAGCAAGAUCCAACUGACAGGCCUGAUUUCUCAGAAAUACUACAGAUACUACAACUUAUUGCUAAAGAGGUGGGAGAUGAAUCCGACGAUUGGCUCAUGGAAUAUCCAUCAGGUUGGUUUCUCUCCAUUCUUAGAUCGUGGCCGCUAAAUCUUUACCGUUGUCUAUGAAUUGAUAAACAAUGGCAUCAUUGAUAGCGGUAGUAAAUACACUAAAACUGUACAGUGUAUAAUUUGUAUUGUAUUCCUCUCUGGUUCUUAAUUAUAGAGGUGCAAUUCUUUUUCUUA